GGAAUCGUAACGAUGAUGAUCCCUAUAAUAAGACAUUAACCUUGGGAUUGUUAGAAAAAGGGCUCUGGUGGGGAUUGUUGUUGUUGUCACUUCACUAAAUUUUAUUACCAGGGAACGCCGUGUCCCCACGCUUAAGGCGGCGAUAAAGAAUGGAGGAAAGGAAGUGUAAGCGAAUUAGGUCAGAGUUUCCUGACGAAGACCAUCCCCCGAGAUCUGACAAGCGACUUAAGACGACGACGAGGAAGAACAAGAAAGAGGAGAAUGUCGGAAAAAGAGGAAGAGACACUUCUUCUCCCGACAAGGAGGAUGAAUCUGAUGGAACAAGAAAGUAUAGUGGUUUGACUUGUCAUCACUGUAAGAACUUAACGGUUAAGGCUGAACUUGUCUUCUGUUCAAAAUGUAUCAAGAAGCGUUAUUGCUAUGACUGCAUCCAGAGAUGGUAUCCAGAGAGAACCCCUGAGGAAGUUCAAGCUGCUUGUCCUUUCUGUAUGGGGAAUUGUAACUGCAGAGCUUGUCUGCGAGAGCCUUUGGCUGUCAAGAAACAAAGUGAAAAAGAUGAGAGUGUCAAGCUGAAGCAGUUGCAGUAUCUAUUAGUUAAAGUUCUUCCUGUUCUUAAGGAUAUCUAUAAAGAGCAGAAACGUGAACUGGAGAUUGAAACAGCAAUUAAAGGAGUGACUGUGACGGAAUCUGAUGUCGUUCAGUGCGAGAUUCAUCCAAGUGUACGCAUAUACUGUGACCUCUGCAGCACAUCCAUUGCCAAUUUUCUCAGAAGCUGUCAGAACCCAGAUUGUUCAUCAGACAUAUGUCUUUCUUGCUGCAAGGAACUAAGAGAUGGGAAGAGUUUCUCUAGCUGGAAGCUUAAUUCUGAUGGUACCAUUCCCUGCCCUCCAAAGGAACAUGGUGGUUGUGGUACUUCUACACUGGAGUUGAGACGUCUGUUCGAACGUGAUUGGGUCCAAAAACUGAUAACAGAUGCAGAGAAAGUUACUCGACAGUUUAAGCCACUGGAUGUAGAUAUUGCUCAUGAAUGUUCCUCAUGCACUGUUGUCAGCUCUGAUUCCAUUAGAAGGCAGGCUGCUUCUAGGAAGAAUGGUCAUGAUAACUUCUUGUACUCCCCAAAUGCUGUUGAUCUCUCUGAAGACGAUAUAGCUCAUUUUCAGUCGCAUUGGAUGAGGGCAGAGCCUGUUAUAGUCAGAAAUGUUCUCGAGAAGACAUCUGGACUAAGUUGGGAACCAAUGGUUAUGUGGAGGGCUUGUAGGGAAAUAGAUCCAAAGGUUAAAUGCAAAGAAGAGGCAAAAGCUGUGAAAGCUGUGGAUUGCUUGGACUGGUGUGAGGUUGAAAUAAAUCUUCAUCAGUUUUUUGAUGGCUACUUAAAAGGGCGUAUGCAUCUAAAUGGUUGGCCAGAAAUGUUGAAACUGAAGGAUUGGCCUCCAUCAACUUUAUUUGAAAAGCGCCUUCCAAGGCAUAAUGACGAGUUUAUUUCUGCAUUGCCUUUCUUUGAUUAUACUGAUCCAAAGUCUGGUAUCUUGAAUCUUGCAACAAGACUUCCAGAGAAAUCCUUAAAGCCAGAUCUUGGACCCAAGACAUACAUUGCCUACGGUUUCCAUGAAGAACUUAAUAGAGGAGACUCUGUGACAAAGCUUCAUUGUGAUGUUUCUGACGCUGUCAAUGUGCUGACACACACAGCUAAAGUGGAUAUAACUCCCUGGCAAUACCAAACGAUAAAAAUAGAACAGAAACGCUAUGCAAAAGCCCAGUUGCGUAAACAACAAUGUGGUCAACAAAGAGGAGCCAGUGGAUUUGAAAACAAAUCACUAGAAGAAGUGGAUAAAGAUGAAAUCAUCUUGAUUGAGGAUGGAGAAGAUUUAAAGAACUGCAAUGGUCUUUUGGGAGAACAGAGCUUAAAGGAUAAAGUAGCUAAGGAAGAACCAUCAAAUAGCAUUGCUGGACCGUCCAGAUCACAAAAAGGUGAAUGUACUAAAACUGAAAUAGCUGAUGAUCCUAAGGAAGGAUCUUCGAGUUCGUAUUUUUGCACUGUUGCUAUGGAGUCAGAUCAUGUUCCAAAGGUGGCUGCGGGUUUGAUAACUCAGAAGAAUGUAACGGUGAAACACGAUUCAGUUGCUGAUGAGAAUCAUGAUGACUUCUGUUUGAAGACAGAGAAAAAGGAUAGUCCUCUACAACUUGUUGUUAGUACAAAUGUGGAAUCCAUACAAGAGCAGAAACUGGAUGCUCCAAAAGAUACUUAUGGCAAUGCGGAUGCAGGUUUAAUUCCUCAGAAGAAUGUAACACUGAAAACCGAACCAACUACUGGUGAGACUUAUAAUGACAUAUGUUUGAAGACAGAGAUAUUAUCUCCAAUGUACCCAAGUGAGGAUGGUCCCACGGUAGAGAAUGGACUAAUGAUGCCAACACUUCCUUCAGCUCCCCUGUGGGAUGAGGAGGAUAGUCCCCCACCACCUGUUGUGAGUACAAAUGCGGAAUCCAUAGAAGAGCAGAAACGAGAUGCUCCAAAAGAAACUAAAGGCAAUGCCAGUGAGAGUUCAAAGGCUGUGCAUGGUGGUGCUGUGUGGGACAUCUUUCGAAGAGAGGAUGUUCCAAAACUUAUUGAGUAUUUGAAAAGGCACAAGCAUGAGUUUCGUCAUCUCUACAACGAACCUGUGAAAUCUGUUUUUCACCCAAUUCAUGACCAGAGUAUGUUCUUGAAUGAAAGCAAGAAGAAACAGCUGAAGGAGGAGUUCGAUAUAGAACCAUGGACCUUUGAGCAACAUCUCGGUGAAGCUGUAUUUAUCCCUGCAGGUUGUCCUCACCAAGUAAGGAACAUACAGUCUUGCAUAAAGGUGGCACUAGAUUUUGUUGCUCCUGAAAGCGUAGAGGAAUGCCUUAGGCUAACAGAGGAGUUCCGGAGACUACCAAAAGACCACAGAUCCAACGAAGAUAAACUAGAGCUUAAGAAGAUAGUGCUGCAUGCUGCAAACUCAGCCAUAAGAGAGGCAAAAGAGCUACUGCAAAAGUCCCUGACACAGUGUGAUACGUAUGAGGCUUCUCGCCCUCCGAUUAUUCACAAGUAUGCACGAAGAAAGGCUCACAUGUCUAAGGAAGCCCAGCAGAAGAGGAGUACGUGAGGAGCAAGUUUGAGAAGAAGAAAGGUUGUAGACAAAAGCGCAUGUGUGCAAGCCUUAGUAGUAUAAGUAGGUAGUAAGAGAUUGAAGGGAGGUUAUCAUGUUGGAUGAUCAUUGUUAGUGAGACUCUCUAGAGUGGGAUUUGUAACCGUGUUCAUUCAACUUAAAGCAUCCUUUAUAUUUUUCUUUUGGGUCAAGAAGUUCUAAUACUGUGCAUGGUGGUGCUGGUGGG